ACGGUCCAACAUUUCCAGUAGGUACAAUAAUUGAAUAUACUAUAAUAUAUACUUUCAUUAUAUUUUACAGAUUAUUUGACAACACCACAUUAGAUGAAUACGUUUAAGGAUCAAGACGUAGCUAUUAACUUGAAACUAUUGAAGCAAUGUCAUUUCUACCAGAUAUUCGAUUCUAGUAAUAGAAAGGUUUUCGGAUGGAACGUUCACCAGAUAAGUUUUGUUAUGUUCGCCGUGGUCGUCCAGUGUUUUGUCUGUUAUGGAAAUGCAGGAUCAGUUUUCGAGAAGGACGACGUCGUUACCAACAUCGAUUAUUUUCUCAUCUUCUACACUAAUAUACAUACGUAUCUGUCCUUGUGGAAGUUAAUCGUAUACCUGUACAACGCAAAAAAAAUUUUGAAAGUGUUUAACGUUACGCGAAUCAAUUUUUUGACGAGUGAAACGUGUUGUAAUUAUAGUGAAAUUCUGCACAAAUAUCGUGAUAAAACAAUACGAUUUACAAAUUGGUACAUCAUUUUCUCCAUUGUGGUUAUAAUACAAUGGUUGAUUUUUCCACUCGUGUUAAACAUGUUCAUGAUUUCGGGAAAUUCAAAUGUUCGUUACAAGAAUAUUAUGAACUUACGUUAUGACGUAUCUACACACACUUAUAAUCAGUAUAUUAUUAUAUUUGUCUUAAUGGAAACAACGACACUAUCGUUUGCAAUGUACUUUAUGGUCAUGACAGAUUUGAUAUUAAUUUCAUUUUGUUCAGCUAUAAUUACUCAACAAGAAGUACUUAUUCAUGCGUUCAAAAACAUCGGGCACGAAGACAAAUCUCAAAUAAAAUAUUAUGAACAAUUAAAAUCAAUUUUACGUGAUCAACAGCACCUUAAUUUGAAAACUCAAUCGUUUUAUUCAGCUAUGAAACCCAUUGUUUUGCUGGCAGUUGCUAUUAAUUCAACCUUUAUCAUAAUUUUGACUUACCUGUUCAUUUUGAGAGAACGCGUUAACUUGAGUCUAUACUCUUGUGAUUGGACGAAAAUGAAUUUAAAAUUUAAGAAGCUGUUGUUAUUGUCAAUGCAGAUGAAUAAUGCUAAUCAAAUGCUGAUAAGAGCUUCACCAAAAAAAAUCAUCAACUUACAAUUAUUUGCAAGCAUAAUUUCGAUGUCUUACAACGUCGUAUCCGUUAUGUUGAAAACCACUACACCCAAAAGUUCAAGAUGA